AUGCCCGCCGAAGAUCAGGCCAUUCUCCUGUCGAGCUGGCAGGACUCUGGACUUCGGGUUACGCUGUGUCCAACACGGCUCGGCCAGGUACCUACUAUUCUGGAAUCUGGUACCGUACGAUUCUCCCAAAUGAUUGUCAGCUCAGCCCACGAGCGACGGAUCCGCCUCGCACAACUCUUCCCUGCGCCUGCGGACGAUCCCUCUGCCCUCCGUCCUCGAGUGAACAGCUUCCGCGUAUAUAUUUACCCAGAACGUGCCAUCAUCCCCCCCACAUCCGACUUACAAGUCAGACAUCACGCGACCGCCGCUAGCCGCCUGCCUGUAACAAGAAAGCAGCAAUCACAAAGACGAACACAACACGGCCUUGGAACCAAGGAGAGUUUGAACUCUUCAAACCUCACAAACAUGUCUCCCUCUCACACAAUUUCGACACAUCUGUGCAAGCAGAUCUACACUUCCUGGCAGCAGUCGCGACAGCCCCAGGGCGUUGCAGUUGAGCCCAGUGCUCCUUCCGCCUACCUGCGGAGGUCUCCGUCGCCAGAGAAGCGAUCCAUGGACAGUGACCGCAGCGACGCCAGCCUGGCACCGAGCUCGCCGCCCAUGUCACGCUCGACAAGUAAUUCCAGCUGGAAAUGGAGCAGUCGCUAA